GCCCCCCGCGCUCCCGCCCGGCCCCGGCCCCGUCGGCGGAGCCACGCGAGAUCCGCGCGGCGCGGGGCCGGCGCGGGCCGGCGGCGGUGGCGGGGCGCGGGGCGGGCCGGGCCGGGCCGGGCGGGGCGGGCCGGGGAGCGCGCAUGAGCCGCGGCGGCGGCGGCGGCGACGGGCCGGCGGGAGCGCGGCAGCGGAGCGCGGCGCCGCCGCGGGUGUGGGCGCGCCGGGGAGCCCCGCACGGCGGCCCGCAGCCGGGGGCGGCGGGCGGCACCGCCUCGCCGGCCGGGGGGCGCCCGACCCUGCGCGCCCCGCACCGCGGCCCGCCGCCGCCGAGAGAUGGCGGAUUCCUAUGCCUGUAAAGGUGGAAGGAAAACUGCAGGCUCUAACCAACCCGCUGCCAGCAAGGAAAGCAGGACAGAGACGAGGAUAAACCCGCCGGCAGAGCUCCCCAAGCUCGGAAAUGCAACCAGUGACAAAACCGAAGGCAGGAAGAAAGGACGACCCAAGGCUGAGAACCAGGCACUGAAAGACAUCCCUCUCCCCCUGAUGAACCAGUGGAAGGAUGAAUUCAAAGCCCACUCCAGGGUGAAAUGUCCCAAUUCAGGCUGCUGGCUGGAGUUCCCCAGCAUUUAUGGCUUGAAGUACCACUAUCAACGCUGCCAAGGGGGUGCAAUCUCAGAGAAGCUGACCUAUUCGUGCUCGUACUGCGAAGCUGCCUUCACCUCCAAAACCCAGCUAGAAAAGCAUCGGCUCUGGAAUCACUUGGACCGGCCAGUGCCAACCAGCAAAGCAGAAAACAAAGUGCCGAAGGCCAUUGGGAAGAGCAGUGGCAAGAAAAGAGCUGCUGAGAGUUCAGCUUGCCCCACCAUCCAUCCCAAACAGGCAAAGACGGAAAAAGCCGUGGCCCAGGACCAUGCUGAGAAUGGCGAGUGCCUGGCGGAGAGCCGGGAGAGCAAGGAGUUUCAGAUCGCAGCAGCUGAGGCAAUGGCAGCUGCCACUCCCACGGCGAAGUCCUCGAGCGGCAAGGAUGCCGCGCAGCAGGGAGGCAGCCAGGCCUCGCUGCAGGAGGAAGACCCUGAGAGGAUGAAGCACAGAAGGAAACAGAAAACUCCUAAGAAAUUUACGGGGGAGCAGCCGUCCAUCUCGGGGACAUUUGGACUGAAAGGUCUCGUCAAAGCAGAGGACAAGGCAAAAGCCCAUCGAGCCAAGAAGCUGGAGGGGAGCACCAACACGGAGGAGCUGAAAAAGAAACCUCCAGGAGCUGGUGUGAAGAAGGAAACCGCUGUGCAUCUACCAGCAGCAAACCCUGAGGACCAGUGGCAGCGGGAGAUCAGCGAGAAGGGAGAAGUGUCCUGUCCAACCUGCAGCGUUAUAACCAGGAAAACUAUUGUGGGGCUCAAAAAGCACAUGGACGUCUGCCAGAAACUGCAGGAUGCCUUGAAGUGUCAGCACUGCAAAAAACAGUUCAAGUCCAAAGCUGGGCUGAAUUACCACACUAUGGCUGAACACGUCAGCAAGCCUGUUCCUGUGGAAACCACUGGACUUGGUGAACAGGAAGAGCGGGAAAGGCUGAGGAAAGUGCUAAAGCAGAUGGGAAAACUGAAAUGCCCCAAUGAGGGCUGCGUGGCCAACUUCUCCAGCCUGAUGGGUUACCAGUACCACCAGAAGCGGUGUGGGAAGCAGCUCGCCGAGGCCGACAAGCCUGUCUUCAGCUGUCCACACUGCGGCAAGAAGUACAAAUCCAAGGCCGGCCACGACUACCAUGUGCGGUCAGAACACACGGCCUCGGUGAGCCCCCCGGACACCUCCACAGCCCGAGGAGCGGGGCCAUCCCCUGCCGGGGGUGACUGCAGAGCUGCUGAGCCUGUGGGCAGGACAGAGCCGGGCAGGGCCGGGCCGGGCAAGCCUCCAGAGGAGCCAGAGGUGAAGCCAGAGCCUGGCCCCAUAGAAGAUUUUGAGAGGACCCCAAGCGGCCGCAUCCGUCGGACGUCAGCCCAAGUAGCUGUCUUCCACCUUCAGGAGAUAGCGGAGGAUGAGCUCGCCAAGGAUUGGACCAAGCGGAGGAUGAAGGAUGACCUGGUGCCUGAAACGAAGCGGCUCAAUUACACCAGACCUGGGCUUCCAAAGCUCAAUCCGAGGCUGCUGGAAAACUGGAAGAACGAAGUGAAGGAGAAGGGCCACAUCAACUGUCCCAACAAUUGCUGUGAAGCCAUUUACUCCAGCGUCUCGGGGCUGAAAGCUCACCUGGCCAACUGCAACAAGGGGGACCACUCGGUGGGCAAGUACCGCUGCCUCCUGUGCCAGAAGGAGUUCAGCUCUGAAAGCGGGGUCAAGUACCACAUCAUCAAGGCUCACUCAGAGAACUGGUUCCGAACCUCCGCAGAGGCCAACCGGAAAAAGAAAAGCAGGGAACAGCUUUCUUCCAACAAGGAGGAGAAAAAGAAAAGCACAAGUGGGAAGAAAAGGGGGAGAAAACCCAAGGAGAGGCCUCCAGAAACAUCCCCAAAGGGCAGAGAGAGCGUGGCAGCAAAGACUAAUCACAAGAAAACCCUCGAGCACUGGGAAGGCUCCCGAGGCAGCCCUGACGAGGAUGAGCGCGUCCCCAAGCCCCCAAGCCAGCGGAAGGGGGGAGCCAGUAAGAUGCCCGAGAAAUGAGCAGCUCAGAGACUCGUCUCCGAGGAUUCGUUUACAGCCCAGGGUAACAGGGUGGGGGUCUCUCCAAGUUUUCUGUCCCCCCCAUCCCACCUCUCCCCCACCCUCCAUUCACCCCCUUUUUACAAAAAAAAGGAAAAAAAAAAAAGGAAAAAAAAAAGAGACAGAAAAUACCAAUUAACCACUUUAAACAAGUCACGGACCUUGUUUCACACUGGAAAACAAACAGAAUCAAGCAAGCUGGACUGUUCUCCACCCCCUGCCCAUGUACAUACCCCUCUGCCCACGCCCUUGCCUGGCAGGACCCUGCUGCCUUCACCCCUGCCCGUGACUUCCCUCCUUACUCCCUGCGCCAAACUGGUGACACUUGAGUGAAAGAAAAGUGCAAUAGCAGCGGGGCCCCCUUGGACAGGGUCUCUCUGCGACUGUGUGCCAGGGUGGGGAGCUGCCUGCUGCCUGCCCGUCUGGGCAGCCUCUGGUGGGCUGCAGCCUCCCGGGGCAGGCAGCGCCUGCAUCCCUGCUCCCAAGAUGAUGUUUCCAAAGAUAUUUUGACCUGUGCAAGUGGGUGGGUAGGGGCAGAGGAGAGCAGGGUCUGGGAGCAGAUGCCGUGGGGGUCCUGGUCACGCUUUCCCUGCAGUGUCACAUUGAGAGGGGCCGUGCUUCAGCAGGGACUGGCUCUGUGGUGUGUCGGCUUUGUGGCCAGCUCGGUGCAUGGGUAGAGGAGCGAGCAGGGAACGUGGCACGGGGCUGGCAGAGCAUCGUCCCAAGAUGGCAGGGCUGGCUGCGGCUGCAAGAGGGGCUGCAGGAGGUGUUGAGUACCCCUGGAAGUUGAUGGGAGAGGGGGUUGCUGUAGGACAGAUCCUGUUGGAGGGUUUAACCGAAAGUUGUGGGAAUGCUGUGAGCACCGUGGAGCAUCGUGGUGAGACUCGGGGCGGGGGGGGGAUAAUGGGGGGAGCUGCGCCCCGGUGCUCAAGUCGUUGUUGCAAACGUAGCUGGACAUGGAGCGCUGCAGCGGCAAUGGCAAUGCCGCGAUGGCAAUGCCAUGAUGGCAACACCACGAUGGCAGCGCCGGGGUCAGGGUGAGCCAGCAGCCAUGGAGCUGCCCAGCCGGUGCGGGCAGGUCCAGCUGGCAGAAAGGGCAAUUCAGGGUCCCCAUCACGCCCCUGGUGCUGAUUGCCCAGGAAGGAGGAAUGGGGUUUCGGUCACCCAGCUGCAGCCACGGGAGUUGUGUGAUGGGAACAGGGGGCAGCGUCAAGUGACAAUCAUGGGUCCUGCUUUCGGGCAUGUUGCACUCGCCUUGUCCCUCUGCACUGGGACCCACCACGGGGUGAGUCUCUGCUCCCCAAGAUGCAUCCAAGCCCCCAACCACCUUCCUCGGUGAUGGGGAGUCCCUGCACGACAUCCUGUUCCUCGUUCUCUUUCCCCGGACUUUUCUUUGUGUCUGUACCAACACCGUUGUAACACCUCGCUCCGGCCUGGAGGGAACCAUCCCCGGACCAGGAUGCAUCUGUCUCCAGACAAAACCCAGGCUACCUCGGUCCUUGGGAAAUGGGCACAAUUUCUCUUGGUAACAGAACAGAAAACCCUAAUUCAAUUUUUUUUCCCCUGUGUGGGAGCCAGGAAGGUGGCGUCGGGGGGAGGAGAGCUUCUGCUUUUAUUUUAAUCAAUUAAAACCUCAACCCUCA